UUCAAUUCAAAUACAGGGAUGGAAUCGACCUUUUAUUGAUGAAACGACAUUUGGAAUUCGUGUUUGGAAUUGCUAUGCAGAGCUUCAGCCCCUCCAAAUCAAAGUCCGAGGCUGCAUGACGAUUUGAUACGCAUUUCGUGAGAGGCAAAUACAAAUACGCCAUCAUCACUCUCUUUCGACCUCUUUCAAAGUUUAUAACUGCCUCAAUUGCCUCUUCUCUUUACAACAUAUUCAAUUCAUCUCACCAACAACUGCAACAAGAAGGAUAUUCAAUCUGCCUCAGCUUACACCCCGCACUCUUCUCUACUCAACCUUGAUCCUCCUCAUGGCAUUCACGAUGCCCGCCUUCCUCAACCGCCUCCUCCGGCCCUUUAGCACAAGCACCAUGCUCGGUCUCGCGCCCGGCGAAGUAGCACCCAUCACCAGUCCCGAAGGCGCACAGAAAGCCACCAUCGCAGCAGGAUGUUUCUGGGGCGUCGAGCACAUGUAUCGCAAGGAAUUCAAGAACAAAGGUCUCUACGAUGCCAGAGUGGGGUAUAUUGGGGGGAAUACCGAUAGUCCGAGUUACAGAGCUGUUUGUUCGGGGCGCACUGGUCAUGCGGAAGCGCUGCAAGUGACUUACGACCCGAGCCAGAUUACUUAUCGGCAAUUACUCGAGUUCUUCUAUAAGAUGCAUGAUCCUACGACGUCGAACCGUCAAGGCCCAGAUAGUGGUUCUCAAUACCGUUCUGGCAUUUUCUACCACAAUGCCGAGCAAGAGAGCAUUGCGAGGGAGGUCACAAAAUUGGCGAAUGAGAAAUGGUGGAAGGGAAAGAUCGUUACGGAGAUUCUACCUGCUGGAGAGUGGUGGGAUGCGGAGGCGUAUCAUCAGAAGUAUCUGGAUGUGAACCCAGGAGGAUAUGAGUGCCCAAGCCAUUUCUUGAGGAACUUUCCGGCUUUGGAGUAGAUGGUAAUGGGAAGUGGAAUGGGAAGGACAUGGAGUUCAUGACAUGAUGAUAUAGAGUGUUUGGUAAUGUGAAACUGCAAGGCUUCUUUCGUUCAUUGGAAUACCCGGGUCUCUUUGCCGCAGAGGAUAUUUUAAAUGAAAAAUUUACAUCACCAUAUUAUUUUUUGACACAAGCGAGUUGCUCAUUGGAAAAGAGAUCAAUUUUAAUGACCAUGGCUAAUAAAACAAAUGAGAGGAGACUUUGUAUGUCUUCUUUUCAAUAACAAACCCCACCCCCAAAGCUCCUAAACUACCAUUAUGCAAAGCGACCACGCCACACACUUCUACUUCCUCCGACCUUGUUGCAUCAUCAGGAUCUGAACCAUUCGGAUGAAGAUGUUGAGGAAGUCCAACUCCAAGCUGAU